AUGGCCAACGUGGCUUCGCUCCUACCCUAUAUAAGAGGUAUCCACGUGCUCAUAAGGAACGACCAGACGAAGUACCUCUUCCAGCACUUCACCAGUGCGCCAGCCAGCCCCCGGCGCGCCGCGGCCAUAUACGCGCACGUCGCAGAGGGGAGCGGCAGCGACGACCAGGAGUUUCAGCCGCGCCGCCGGCUGUACGCCACAGGCGGAUCGUCCGUGUCGUUCGACUGGGAGGAGAGGCCUGGGACGCCGAAGAGGGGGCUCGGCGGGGGCGUGCCCGCCGCGGACGUGGCGGCAUGGGACACGGGAUUCGAGUUCGGCAAGGCCGCGCCGGCAGAGACGCUUACGGCGGCCGACGAGCUCUUUGAGAAGGGCAAGAUCAGGCCUUUGAAGCCGAGGCCCAAGAAGACGGCCGACGACGAGCCCAAGAUUCGUCCGUUGAAGCCGCCGCCGGGGCUGCUCGACGGCGGGAGCGUCACGCCGUCGCCGCGGUCUCCGGUCGUGGCCAGAGGCGCAGGCGCCACGUGGUCGCCGCGGCGGAGGAGCAGGGUCGGCUCCGGCGUCGACUUCGACCCGUUCGCCGCCGCGCUCCUAGAGGCAACCAAGGCGCCAUCGCCGCUCGGCGGCAAGGACGACGAGGGCGGUGUUGCUGUUGCCCCCCAUGGCUCGCCGCCCACGAGACCGGCCACGCGUCCCGCGUCGAGGAGCGCCGGGUGGAGACGGUGGCGGCUCAGCGAUCUCCUCCUGUUCCGGAGCUCGUCCGACGGCGGCCGCGUCAACAGCUCGACGUGCCCGUCAAGAGGGCGAGCGCAGCAGCCGCCGGUGAUGACGAUCAAAGCCAGCGCCGCAAAGCGCGAGGACAUGGGCAAGGGCUGGAAGCACGGCGACGGGGACGCGGCCGCGGCGGCGGACAGCGUCGCCGGGUGCGCCCGGUUGAGCCCGCUGCAGCGGCUGGCCAAAUCUCAGCCCCGCUCCUUCCCAUCCUCGGCCGCCAUCACCACCUCGCUCUCCCGCGUCCUCCCCAACUCCACCUUCCUCGUCCCCGACGACUCGCUCCUCCCCACCGGCGAGGAUUUCAACUCCUCCACCGCCGUCCCAGCCCCGGUGCGGGAUGAAGAUGACGCGGCUGCGGCCGUCAGCGCCGCCUCCGCCGCGGCCGCGGGCAACAGGACCUGCGACCCGGACCUGCGACCCGGAUUCGCGGCGGGGGGGAGUGCUUCGCGCGGGCGCUUCGUGGCGGGCGGCGUGCGUGUGGUAGGUGAGGAGUUCGGUAGCGGCUGGCGUGCGGGAGUCGCGGCGGCUGGCGUGCGGCGGGCGGUUCGCGCAGGCGGGGGCAGUCUACAAAUGGGUCUUAAUAGUUGUAGAGAUAUCAAAUGCUCUGGGUGGUCUCGCGGUGGCUCCUGGCUGUGUGGUCUCCACGUCGUCAUGUGGAACGGGCCAGGCGCCGGGCCGCAGGAGGUUUUGCCUGGGCCUUGA